UCACAGGUUGUUUUGCAGAAUGCUGGAAAAGUCUGAAACAACGGACUAAUUCAACGUACCUAAAGAUGUGGACUCGUGGAAGGAUUGUGAGCCUUAUGCGCACAGUAACAAGUGGCAGCUGCAGUUGUCCUGCGCAUUCACGUUUGGACGUGGCCGUCGGAGGGAAAGGUCAACACAGCUUACCGCCCGAGAAGGAAUAUGCUUUCGAGAUGUCGUCAUCGACGAUCCGCUACGGUCCCGGCGUUACCCGCGAGCUUGGGUCCGAUCUGGCAAACCUGAACGCCAAGAACGUUUGCGUCGUUACCGACCGGAACGUGAUGGAACUGGCUUCGGUGAAGCAGGGGCUGGACUCGAUGGUUCAUGCCGGCGUGUCCACUGUGCUUUUCACCGAUGUGCGCAUCGAACCAACGAACGAAAGCUUGCAGGUGGCGAUCGAUUUCGCACGGCAACACAGCUUCGACGCUUUCGUGGCGAUCGGUGGCGGUUCGGUGAUCGAUACGUGCAAGGCGGCCAACCUUUACAGCGCCGAUCGCACAGCAGAGUUCCUGGACUAUGUUAAUGCACCGAUCGGGAAAGCGAAAGAGGUAACCGUCCCCUUGAAGCCCCUGAUCGCGGUACCGACAACCGCCGGGACGGGUUCGGAAACGACCGGGGUCGUCAUUUUUGACCACAAACCACUGCACCCCAAGACGGGAAUUUCAAGCAAAGCGCUGCGGCCAACACUGGGCUUGGUGGAUCCGCUGCACACUCUCUCCCAACCGGAAAAGGUAGCCGCGUACUGUGGAUUCGAUGUGUUCUGUCAUGCACUGGAGAGUUUCACCGCCAUUCCGUAUACCGAACGGGGACCGGCACCGGUCAAUCCGAAGCUCCGGCCACCAUACCAGGGCAGCAAUCCUAUCUCGGACGUGUGGGCCCGGUUCGCACUGGACACGAUACGCAAACACUUCAAAGCGGCAGUCUUUCAGCCGGACAAUCUGGAGGCACGGUCACAGAUGCAUCUCGCAUCGACGAUGGCCGGUGUUGGGUUCGGUAAUGCGGGUGUCCACCUUUGCCACGGUCUGUCGUACCCAAUCGCCGGGCUCGUGAAACGCUUCGUUCCCGAAGGCUACACGGCCAACCAUCCGAUCAUCCCUCACGGGCUUUCGGUGGUGAUGACGGCCCCGGCGGUUUUCCGUUUCACCGGAGCCAGCUGCCCGGAGCGACACCUGGAGGCGGCCGCAAUUCUGGGCGCCGAUGUUUCCAAGAGCCACCGAAAGGACGCUGGAGCGAUACUGUCCGACAUUGUACGAAGCUACAUGCACGAGCUGCAAAUCGAAAACGGUCUAGCGGCCCUCGGCUUCGAGUACUCCGACAUUCCCGCGCUGGUCAAAGGCACACUGCCCCAGGAACGCAUCACGAAGUUGGCGCCACGUGCACAGUCUGAAGCGGAUCUUGCGCACCUGUUCGAGGACUCACUCACCGUGUACUGAUCGUCAGAGCGCCAUCUGGGAGAAGUUUUAUGUGCGUAAAAAUAAAAUCGGA